AUUUGAAUUGUCCAUCAUACUUGAGUUCAAAGUCUUAAUUAAUUCAUUUAAUUAUUUAUUGCUAAUUAAAAACUAAAACAUCAAUUAACGAUGAAUAGUAAAGUGAUAUUUUUAAAUAUUUUUUGUUUUAUUGUACUAGUGUCAGCAAACCCACAUGAAGAUAUUUCUAAUGAAAAGAAUGAUGAAUGUGGAGACCCGUCAAAAUUUGACUACAAACUAGUCUGUUUACCAGACGGUACAGAAAUAAACUUUUAUCAAGAAGGUGGCGUAGAAACUCAACUCUACGUCGAGGGGUAUCAAGAUUAUUCAGAUUGUAUGGACAUAUAUCCUAGUGGAACUAAUGAAGGCAGUUUUACUGUCAACUACAAUAAGUGUGGGGUUAAAUUUAGAAAAUCAAUUGCUGAAUACAAUCUUACUGUCUUACGUCCACCACAUAAAAUAAACGCUAACACUAAAACGUUCGUCAUUCAAUGCAACUAUCCAUCAAAAGUUGACAAAGCAUCUAAAGAUCUGACGGUAGUUAAAAACAACAAAAUAAUACGUCGUCCAGCAUCAUCUAUGAGUGUCUCACCAUCUCACGAAAUGGCACUGAUGUAUAAUAAUAAGCCUGUUAAACAAGUAGAAGCUGGAAAAUUAGUAAUUGCUAAAAUUUGUAUCAUGCCAAAAGUCUUCCGGGCAAUGAUAAAAAAAUGCAACAUAUCAACAAACGACAAUAAAGAACAAAAAGUAGUGAUUGUUACUCAAGAAGAUGGAUGUCCAGCUGAACCAGAUUUUGGUCCGUGGGUAUGGAACGAGGAAACUCACUGUUAUCAAGCUGACUUUAAAACUUUCAAAUUUCGAGGUCGUGGUAAUCUCAAACUUGACUGUGAAGUUCACUAUUGCAUAGAGGGCCAAUGUCGAAUUCCUAAAUGUAAACAAUCUGCAAGCCCAUGCCCCAAUGCAUAAGAAUAAAAAACUUAUUUCCUUAUUACAAAGUUAACGCAGCAUAAGUAUCGUUAAUUUUUUAUUUUAUUUUUCUGUCAAUAUACAAAUGAAUUUUACUAUUAUUA